AUGGAAAGCCAUAGAAAUAAUGUAGAUGAGGAAGGUAGAAGAGUUCAUAUUGUAGUGGUUCCAUCGCCAGCCCAAGGCCACAUAAAUCCACUUCUCCAAUUCUCCAAGCACCUUGCAGCUCGUCCAGGUCUCACCGUAACAUUCCCCACCGUCUUCGGCGACACCGCCGUCGUCAAUCUACCGGCAUCAACGGUCCCCUCACUCACCCUUCAACAAGUAUCUCUAUCGCCCUACAAUGGAACCGAGCCGGAGACUCCCGUAGGUUUCUGGGAACGGACUCAAACGUCCAUCCGUUUGCAUCUCAUAGAACUCAUUGCUCGACACGAACGUAGCAAGGACUGAGUUUCUUGCGUCGUGUAUGACUCUAUGAUGCCUUGGAUUCUUGAGGUUGUCAAAGAGCUUGGGGUUAUGGGUGCUGCAUUCUUCACUCAAUCGUUUGCUGUUAAUGCACUGUAUUACAAUGUUCAUAAAGAAUGGAUAAAUGUUCCAUUGCAACAAAGCUUUUUUUCUUUGGGUAAUGGAUUUCAAGUUUUUCAGCCAUAUGAACUUCCAUCCUUCAUUGUUGAUACUACCAAAUACCCAUUUAUUCUUAGCUUCUUGGCCGAUCAAUUCUCACGUUUGAAUAAUGUCGAUUGGAUCUUCAUCAACACCUUCGAUUCUUUGGAACCACAGGAAGCUGAGUGGAUGGGAAAGCAGCUUCCAUUCAAGAGCAUUGGACCAAUGCUUCCAUCCAUCUACUUGGAUGGAAGGUUGCAAGAUGACAAAUGUUAUGGACUCAGUUUACUUGAAUCAAACAUGGAUUCUACCAUGAAUUGGCUUCAUUCUAAACAAAAUGCUUCUGUAAUUUACGUAUCGUUUGGAAGUUUGGCAGAAGCAAAAAUGGAGCAGAUAGAGGAGUUAGCAAUGGGGCUGAAACUGACCAACAGAUUCUUCUUGUGGGUUGUGAGAGAAUCUGAGAUCCAUAAGCUUCCCCCAAAUUUCAUCAAUGACACAACCGAGAAAGGAUUAGUCGUGAAGUGGUGCCCUCAGCUACAAGUUUUGGCUCAUAAAUCAGUGGGGUGUUUCAUUACGCACUGCGGCUGGAAUUCGACGCUGGAAGCCUUGAGUUUAGGAGUGCCGUUGGUGACGAUGGCGCAGUGGUCGGACCAGCCAACCAAUGCCAAGUAUGUGGAAGAUGUAUGGAAGAUUGGGAAGAGGGUGAGAAUGGAAGAAGAUGGAAUCUGCAGAAGGGGGCAGAUAGAGAUGUGUGUUAACGAAAUUAUGGGGGGAGAGGAUGGUAAAGAGAUUAGAGUGAAUACGAAGUGGAGGGAACUGGCAAAAGAAGCCAUGGAUGAAGGUGGGAGUUCCAACGUAAACAUUAAUCAUUUUGUGCAACAUCUUAUGAGGAAGAUAUGA